AUGAAUAUUCGUAGUAUCAGUAUAGCUCUGAUUCUAAUACUAUCGCUCAAGACAUGCAGUGGUGCAAAAGGCGGCUCAGCAAGUGGCUCUCAAUCGCCACCAGAGUCUCCUCAAAAUCUUGAGAUUGAUUGGAGCGGAUUCGGCAAUCUUGUAGAUAUCGAUAAAGAUCCAGAAUGGAAUGCCUACCACCGCCAAACCUCGGAAUCAGGAAAAGAGUCGGAGCAACAUCAUCAAGUCUCUUCAUCGAAAGCAGUAGAUGAUGAUGGAUUUCAUACAAACGCUAAAACCAAGAGAGGUCAACAAGAGGCUAGAAGACUCUGGUUACUAAAGAAGAAUGAUCCGGAAAAGUACAGUCGUUUACGGAGAAAUAUAUAUGCACGUUACAGAAGAAGAGAGAAAGAGAAAAGCCACCUCCUCAGUCCUGAAGUGGCUCAACAACGUUAUGAACAGGGAAAAAAAUCAAGAGCAAAAUACAGAGUCAAUUACAAACAGAAAACAGGAUUCACUCGACCCGAAAGUGUGGAGCUAAAUCGAAUAAGAGAACGGGAAAAGAAUAAAGAAGCCACACCUGAAGAAUUAGCAAAGCUUGAGGAAAUUUACAACGACAAUGAUCCUGCUUUCCCUGUUACUUGUCUGCUUUGUAUCCCUAUCAGUGAAAGCACAAAUGAUCUAAGAGGUUCGAAUCAUCCAGCCCGCGGUCUAGACAUUGAUCUUAACCAGCCUGCUCUUGAGACAGGAGAAGAAGUCGAUGGCUAUAAUCAUCCGGCGACAUUAUCUCCCGCAGCAGAUCCAGGAGCUUCAGAAAACGCUGCUGCUGCUGCUGUCCGCGAGAAAAAGAAAAUUCUACAACAAAGGUAUAGGGAAAAGCUCAGUCUCGAUCCAUUACGCAAAGCUAAAUUUCUAGCAAAACAACGAAAACAGCAAACGAAAUAUCGAGAAAGAAUUAAAGCUACUCAAACCGAUCAACAAAAACAAGCUCGUGCGAAACAAAUUUCACUUUCUUAUUUUCGACGUAAGAAUACUCUAUACUCAGGUUUCAGUUCACAUGCUCAAAGGGAAAGACAUAGAAUCAAGAAAUCAGAAAAGGAAGGCAAGGCUAAUUUAGAUGAUUUGGAAUUCAUUGAAAAAUUACGUGAAGGUGAUCGAAAUAGAAAACGAAAGCAAGCAUGGAAGGAAAAAAGUCGCAGUGUUUCUAAUAUAAAUUAUGAUAUGGCCACAGAACCUCCUGGGACUGCAUUGACGAAAUCACAAAGAUAUUUGGUGAAGUUAAAAAAGGAUCCUAUUCGAUAUGAAGAACAUUUGGUGAAAAAGCGAGCAACAGUUAAAGAGUGGAAAAAAAAGCUCUCUGAGGCAAAUCUUAGUCCAGAAGAGGCGUUAAUUUUGAAAGCCAAGAAGGCAGUGACUAGAUCUAAGACAUAUUAUAAGCAAAAGCAAAAGUACGGAGGAGCAGGACUUAAGCACAGAUUUGAACUUGAACGUUUGCGCGAGAAAGUCAAUGCUGGUUUAGGUAACGAAGAAGAUGUGAAAAAGCUUGAUGAGGCCGAUAGAAUACGAAAGGAGAAGAAAUCGAUUCGUAACCGUAGAAAUUAUCUCAACAGGAAAGCCAAAGGCAAAGGAACGGAAACCAAGAGAGCAGGUCUCUCGAUCGAUCUUAAUCAGCCUGCACCAGAAGAAUCGGAGGAAGAACAUACAACCAGAAAGACGCCAGCAAAUCGUAAAAGAGUACUACGAGAUUAUUACGAUAAGAGGAACGCAAACUCGGCUCGUAAAGAAGCUCAUUUAGAGCGACGCAGAAAGCGUGAACGUAUAUGGAGAGCCAAUAGAUUCAAUAAUAAGACCGAAGCAGAAAAGCAAGCAAUCAUUACGAGAACGCAAAAACGAAAGACUGCAGCUUACUUUAAACGCAAACAGCUUUUUGACGGAAUGAGCAGUAAGAAAGAAAUGAAGAGACAUAGAAUUUUAACCUUGCAGAAAGAAGGGAAAGAAGUUCCACAAGAUGAUCUAGAGUUUCUUCAUUCCCUUCGUGAUUUCGAUCGUAUACGGGCAAGAAAGCUUCGUUCGACAAGGUCCUCAAAGAAAGUUCAAGAUGCGCCAAAAUCGAUGGAUUCUCCAUGGGAAAACGUACAAGUUCCUCAGCCAAGAAAGACCAAAAAAUCCGGCAAAUUUCUCACCGAAGAGGAAAUUGCACAACGUGCUAUUCGUAAAAGAGAUCAGAAAAGAUUGUCUAGAAAAAGAUAUAGACAAAAGUUGAAAAUGGAUCCUGUACGUAGGGCGAUUUUAUAUCCCAAAAAGAACAAGGCAAAUCGAGAGUAUAUGGCUAGACGCUUUGAGACUCUAACGGAUGAAGAAAAAGUGGCUUAUCGCGAACAUAUCAAUUCGCUUCAUAAAAAAGCCGCAGCUAAGCGAAAACACAAUCGUGAAGGUUUCAAUACCCAUCAGAAUCAAGAAAGGCAUAAUGAAACUCAAAUGAGAGAAAAGGUACAGCCAUCAAAAAAAGGGCUGGAACGAUUGGAAGACGUCAAAAGGAAGAGACGUGCCAAGUAUAGCAAGCAAGCACAACCUCAAAGGCUAGAGAUUGAUUUGAAUCAACCUGCAACAGAGUGGGAUGAUGGAGACGCUCAAAAGAAGCAUACUAAACCAUACAACAAGAACGCUGCUUCAAGGACACCUGAGAUGCAAAAAGUCUACAAACAACGUUGGCGAGCAAAAAUACAAGAGGACCCUGAACGGUUAAAAGGUUUGAAAGAGAGAAGUAAGGCCUCUCACAAAAAAUGGAAAAACAAUCUUUCUGAGGAGAAAAAAGCAGCACACAGAGCUCGAGGUAGAGUCAAUACUCGAAAGAGUCGACUCAGGAAUAAAGAAAUAAGAUACGGCGGUUUUAGUAGUUCAAGAGAGUUUCAACGGUUCGAAAUAGUUAACAAACAAGAUGCCGGUACUGCUACUACGAAAGACUUAGAUCGAUUAGAACAUUUAGAGCAAUAG